AUGUCCGGGCAGCAACCGCCGCCGUACGGGAACGGGCCACGUGGCUGGAAUCCACGGGCCCCCAAUCCUGCCUCUCCGUCGCCCUCGUCCUUCCUGUACCGUCCGCCCUCGCCGUGGACAACGGCGCCCAGUCCGCCACCGAUUAUUUCCGGACCUAGGCCCUACGGUCAUGCGAUGUCGCCGGCGCCGAUUAACCAAGUGAGGGGUCAGCGCGGUAGCACCAACAUCUCGCACCCACGUCCCCAGUGGCCGGGUGGCAAUCAAUCGCCGGCACCCUUCCAACAGCUACCGGCAGCCGGGUAUGGCUAUGGAGGAGCAUCGCCGGCUCCGCGUCCUUUCCGUCCGGCGCCGCUGCAGCACCAGAACUCGUACGGUGCCCAGCCGACCAGCUCGUUCCAGCUGUCCCCAACCCCAUCGCCCAUCGUAUGCCAGACUCCGAGCUCGGACUUCAACUACAGCAAUCGACAGACGCCGCUGUCCCAUCAUCAAUACCAACCAUCACAGCCGGCUCCCCCGCCGCAGUACUACCAGCAGCAGGGAGCACCGGUGAUACCGCCACAACCGAGACAACACGGAGGACAGGGAGCACACGGAGGACUGGCCCAGGACCAGAUCGAUUUCGUGGGCGUGCCAUUGGAGCCUCCGCAACCUAAAUCUUAUGUGAUUUACGAUGACGAAGAGGAGUUUGGCCCGUCAACAGCCGAAAUCAUUGCGAAUCAGUCGCAGGACUAUAUCGACGAGAAACUUGCCGAAUAUCAGAUGACGAUAUUGCAGUUGCAAGGUGAGUUUUAA